UGUUCAGUGAGGUUACCUCCUCAAGGGCCGCGACGCCUACUUCCGGUUUGUCUUCCGACUACACCAACAUGGCGGCCAGGAUUUUUAUCCAGAGUGACUGGGCUUACUGCUUGAGGAAGGCGGAAGGAGAGGCGUGGGUGUCGUGUAAGAUCCCAGGGAAACCCACAAUCUACGGGACCCUGAAGUGCGGAGGGGUCAGUCCAAAUGGGACCCCUGAAGUUACAUCCUCGGAGGAAUUCUCUGUACUUGAAGUCACGAAGAAAAGUCUCCUCAUCUUCUGUCCUUCCCAGAAUGUCUGCAGUAAAUUUCUGGCUCCUUACACCAGCUUCCCCAGAGUCCAUAACAAAAGUGUGACGUGUCUUGACAUCUCCUGUGGGGGGGGUCUCGGAGUCUCCACCAGUACAGAUGGAUCCAUGAAGAUCUGGCAGGCCAAUAAUGGAGAGACGCGAAGAGUCCUGGAUGGUCACGUCUAUGAAGUUAACUGCUGCAUGUUCUUCCCGUCUGGUAUGGUGGUACUAAGUGGCGGCAUGGACGCACAGGUGAAGAUCUGGUCUGUGGAAGAUGCCAGCUGCCCGGUCACCUUUAAAGGACACAAGGCGGGUAUUAUGGAUUUGGCUGUGGUCGAUCGGGGGAGAAACGUGUUGUCCUGUUCCUGGGACGGUACGGCAAGACUAUGGGACUGUGGAAGAUCCACGUGUCUGGCUGUGGUGGCGGACUGUGGGGUCCCCAUUAAUGGGAUCUCUGUAGGUGUCGCUGAUAACACCAUCAACCUGGGGAGCCCAGAAACACCUCCAAGUGACCGGGAGAUAGGGACUGAAGGGAAGAUACUGCUGCUGGCCAGAGAGGAUAAGAGGCUGGAGGGCGUGAGUGUGAACAGUCGCCAACCUGUAUUCACCUUUGAAGGCGCUGACGCUUUUAAUUGUUGCACUUUCCUCUCAAGUGUGAACGUCCUAGGAGGAGGUCAGGACGGUAACAUCUACCAGCUGGACCUCAGGAACACUAAAGUCCCCUUACACACAGUGUCCAAGUCGGGAGCUCCGGUUUUGUCGCUGUCGCCAUUCAGGGAAGGUUUCAUCGCCAGUCAAGGGGAUGGGACGUGCUUCAUCCUCCAGCAGGAUCUGGACCAUAUUGUGGAGCUCACAGAACCGGACUGUGACCCCGUGUAUAAGGUCGCAGUGAGUGAGAAGUUGGCUUAUACCUGCUGCAGGGACGGGAUUAUCCGCAAAUACCAGCUGACCGACCUCUGACCAGUGUAUACUGGGAGCACUGGGGUGGGGGUCAAACCCCAAUCAUUCAUCAAUGGAUCCUGCUUGGACUGGGAUAAGAGUGUCAGCCAUAGGAGGCGACUGUGUAGGCCUGGUCACUGUGUCUGAGGUCUGUGGGUCUGUGGGUGCCUCCAGCUGUUGCAAAACUACAACUCCCAACAUGCCCGGACAGCUUUUGGCAUAUCCUAUCACAAGUUUUGAUCCCUGGACAGAGAUGGAAGAAUUGUGCGCCUAGCGCAUUGUGUCAUGUGACCAGGACUCAUAAUGGAAGUCUAUGGGGCCGUCCUGCUUACAUAAACACAAAGCGGGGAGUGAAGCAAUGAUGUCAUCAUUUUGCUUUGUUUACACCUUUAGCCACCAUAUUUGUCACAUGACCGGGACGUCUCGGCUGAAAUCGAGAAUUCCACAAACAACUCUCCUUAUUAGUGGAGCAAAUGAUCACAUUGAGAAUUAUUUUUUGUAUGUAUUUAAAUACAAAGCAUUAACUAUUUCAUUGCCAGCAUUAAAAUCUGACU